AUUUUUCCGAUAGUUUGCUUGAUCCGUGUUUUAUUCUGUUUUUACAAGUUUCCAAUUCUAUGCUUUGGUCGUAUGCCCUGAUUCACUCUCUGUUUUUAUUGUCCGUACGAUCUUGAGCACUUAGCCGCAUUGAUCCUACUUAGUUCGUGUGAUUUAGGAUUAUAGCUAAUUAACUGUUUGAUUUUUUAUCUCUCCUUUAGGUUUGGCUGUCGAUUAAUAUCUAUGAAUUUUUCACUUUAGUUUCGAUGUUUUUUUUUCAUAUAAAAGGAUACUAAUCGUGGAGCAUGAGCUCUGUAAUGAACUCUGAGACAUCAAUUACAAACUUAGCUGGUAGAUAUGUAUUAUUAAUGUAUCUUCAUUUUGAUUUCUAAUAGAGACCUUCUAUUUUUUAUUUGUUAACAAGUGUCCUUAAGAUACUCACUAGCAGGACUCCCAAUUCUGUUACUUCAAUUGAGAAAGGAUAUUCUUAGUAGGUGUAUCUUAUGAGCACUGAUUGAAAAGUAUUUAAUAAAAACUUUUACUAUAUUCUGUUAAAUGCUUCUAAUUACUUAAAAAAAUUUGGUUGUAUGUGAUACAUAUUUUCUUUUUCAAUAAUAACAUUUAUUUUUUCUGAGCAAUUUGUAUAUGCAAGGUAAGGUUGCGUACAAUUACCCUCCCCCAUACCUUCACUUAGCGAGGAGAAGGAGUCUCCGGGCAAUGGGAUACGCUAGUUAAUGGCCAUAAAAAAUUGGCACUAUAGUAAAAAAAAAUCCUCUCUUGGAUGUUGUUUUCAUGGUUGUUCAAGUAAAUGGCCUUCGUCACCACUGCUGAAGUGUGUGAUGCGAACCCCCAGUUAAUUUUGAGUGGGGAGCUUCGUGCCCUUCAGCCAGUUUUUCAGAUUUACGGUCGUCGACAGGUCUUCUCUGGACCUAUAGUUACCUUGAAGGUGUUUGAAGACAAUGUUUUGGUUCGUGAGUUCCUUGAAGAGAAAGGCAAUGGAAGAGUGCUUGUUGUUGAUGGAGGCGCGAGUUUACGCUGUGCUAUAUUGGGUGGCAACCCUGUGGUACAAGCUCAAAACAAUGGAUGGGCAGGUAUUGUUGUGAAUGGAUGUAUAAGAGAUGUGGAUGAGAUCAAUGGUUGUGAUAUUGGAGUGAGAGCCCUAGCUUCCCAUCCCAUGAAAGCCAAUAAAAAAGGCAUGGGAGAGAAGCAUGUUCCUGUAAAUAUUGCUGGGACAAGGAUCAGUGAUGGGGAUUGGCUCUAUGCAGACACUGAUGGAAUUCUGAUCUCUCGAACAGAGCUGUCUGUUUGAUUUCAAUUCAUGCAAGGACUAUAUUUAUGGGCAGCACAGGAUCUAGUGUAGUGCUUUCGGUACUUGUGUUCUUGACCCGGUUCCUCGCUUCCACAAAAUUAUAACCGAUAGAAUCCCCUUGAUAAUCAAAGUAGGUUGGAGUGUUUGUCCAUUUCAUACCAACAUUAUCUCUGUUUUGAAUUACUGUCACGAAAGCUUGUUUUUCCCCCAUAUAUUAAGUUAAUGGUUGUCUGUUAUUAAGUUUGGAGAGAUAUAAGUCAUAAGUGCAAAGUAUACACAUCCAUAUUUUGACCAGAUGAUCUUAUUGUAGUUGCAUAAGAUGUUGCGGUCUAGAGACCGGAAGCAGGAAAGAUCUGUAUCUUGUGCUAAAAAUUUGGUAGGAAACGUCUCUUCUUGUCU